UAAAAUUGUGUUAUAAUAAAUAAAAUACAAAUAAUUCCAGAGUUUCGCGAUUAGGGCGCAAUUAUUACUAGUAAAUAUGUCAAAACGAAAUGUAGCAUUUAUUAAACCUGAGGAGCCUGAUUUCUUAAAACGAAUGAAGGCCCAAAUCGGUUACAAAGAGGGUCCCACCGUCGACACAAAGCGACAAAACAUUGAAAACUUUGACGAUUCUGACGACGAUAGCCGUGAGGAACGAGAGGACGAAAAACCGCAGGUUGUAGUUCUAAAAACAGGCGACUUAACUGCGGAAGAGGCCGCCAAGGCCGAAAAAGAGGAAAGUGAACGUCCAGCAGAUUUGAGUAAAAAAAUAGUUUUUAAAUCGAAAAAGCUGAAAACGAAUCACGAUUCAGAUGACACACAAUCUCGAAAAGCAUCGAAAAAGAAACACAGAGAAACCAAAAGUAAAUUAUCGUUUAUGGGUAGUGACGAAGAUGAUGAGGGGUGAGUGGCGCUGAGUUU